CAUGCUGGGAAAGGAAUAGUUGAGAGAGGUUGGAAAGGAUCGCUGGAAGCGUCAGCUGGGCUAUUUUAGCCUUCUUUGCAAAGGGCAGUUGCCAAGGAUUAGCGGAAUUGCACUUGUCUGAUUUUCUGCCAUCAGUAAGAGGGAUGCCGCUGGCUUUUGGGCCAUGGACCACAUCACAGAGCUAAUAACGUUACAGUCUAGAUAUUUGUGAACUUGCUAAUGUUGGAUGCUGACCCACCAGUUGCUUUCAAAGAAGAUUCAGAAGAAGUGCAGGUGUCUGUGCAUGAGGCCCCCAGGUGUGGCUAGGGGACCAUGGAGCCCGAUGUCAUGCGCCUCUACUCCUCCUCCCCCCCUCCGCUGGACGAGGGGGCGGAGGAAGAGGAUGAUGAGUUCGGGGACUUUGGGGGCUUCGGCGGCGCCCUGGCCUCCAGCUUCAGCCUCUCCGAGCUGGACACGCCCGCCGCGGUCAUCAACCAGACGCAGGCGUCCGACGCGCCGCCCCCCGAGUUCCCCGUCGGCUCGGCGGCCCCUGGUCCCUGUAAGGUCCCUGUGGUGGGAUCCAAUCCACUCAAGCAGCCGCCAGCAGACACGGCCCGGGAGGAGGAGCUGGACUGGGGCUCCGCGCGAUCUGAGGCGAGCGGGCCGAGGACUGAGACCGGCAGCCUCCACAUGAACGGAAACGUGGCUGCCGCGGUGCCCUUGGCAAAUGGUUUCCCAGAGACGGAUGCACAGGACCCCUCAGAAGACACCACCGCCUCUGCCUUGAGCUCCAGCUCUCCUCGUGUGCGCCGUGGGUCCGAGGACAUGGACCACAGGGACACUAGUCAGCACAAAGCAGCCUCAGGAGAAGGGACCAGCUUACCCAAUGGCUUCACCAAACUCCAUACGCACACAAAGCAGGAACAAAGCAGUGAUGCCUCAGCUAUGGCGGCCCCGGAGGAACAAGAGGCAUUUUCCGUGGAGGAAGACUCAGAGCCCGGAGAUCAGGGGACAUCCGUAGAACCACAAGGCCCACCGGGCUCAGAACUUCACACACAGGCCUCAGAGCCUGAGACACAAGCCCAGUCAGGGGCUGCUGAGAGGCCGCUCAGUCCCAGUUGCGUCAGUCAGGACGGAGAGCUUCUCCCAGAGGGACAGGACUCGGAGAGCAACGUCCAUCCAGCAGAUGAGGACCUCCCGACCUCCUCGGGCCCGACGCGGACCUCCGUGAGCGACGACUUUGCCUCCUUCUGCGAGGUCGUGUCCCCCAGCGACCUGGAGGAGUUCGGGGACUUUGGCGACUUCAAUAGCAUGGCUCCAACUUCCACCGCCGAGGGGCCACCCCCGGCCAGCGCCCCUGAAGACGCCGAUGACGCCGACGACUUUGCCGACUUUGGGGAGACGGGGGCGCAUUCCACUCAGGGCUUCACCGACUUCAGUCAGACUGAGUCCGGCGCACAGGAGGGAGGCUUCGCCAGCUUUCCCGUUCAUUUCCCGGCUCCCUCUGAUGCUCCGCCAGAGGCCGGCGCAGGCCAGACACUCCCCCAGGAAGCCCCAGAGGAGGACGCCGUGGAAGGCCCCACUCAGGGGGGACAGUUCGGGGACCUCCCCGUCAGUGACAGCUUUGCAGAUUUCCAGUCUGUGCCUGUAGGUGGUGCUGGUGCUGGUGGUGGUGGUGGUGGUGGGAUGGAUGCCGAGGAAGAGUGGGCUGCCUUCGGGGAGCCUCCUGUGGAUGACCAGGCAGGUGCAGGUGGGGAUGGGGAUGGCUGGGCGGCAUUCGGGGAGACCCAGACCACCGACCUGCCUGAGGUGGAGGAACCCCAGUGGCAGGACGGGGCAGCAGUCACGGCCCCCACCUUUGGCAGUCCACACACCAGCAGGAGGGACAGUCUGACGGCAUCUCUGAGCUCCAGAGUCCAGAGGCUGUUCCAAGCCAGUUUCCCUCACGUGGAGGCUCCUCAGGUCGGGGAGGAGAUCCCAUCACUCAAGGCCUUGCUGGAGCCCCAGGAGCCUGAGCCCAGGCAGGAGAAGAACAACCAGACCCCUUCCUCCCCUCACCGGGAACCACAGGACAUGUGGUGGCACCUGCAGGAGAUCCACAGCGCCUUCGGCCUCAAGUUCUUAUGGGGAGGUUCCCAUAGCAACAAGCAGCUGCUCCGCUGCCUGGCCAUGGACACCAGAAACAUUGUGUUUGCUGGGCAGAAGAAACACCCAGUACUAGUGCCCGCUUAUGCUGCCAGCUUGGGAAUGCUAGAGCCCACCAAAGAUCCAGUGAAAGCCUCCUCAGCUGCUGGGGCAGUGGCUGCCUCAGCACAAACACCUCCUGGAGCUCCAGACCGAGACGCCCCGUCCAAACCCACACAGGAGGCGCUGGCGAGCGUGCAGCCUGACUGGAGCAGCAGUGGCCUUAAACCCCCAGUGGAUGGUGUGGAUCCAGAGUUGUAUGAACUGACCACAGCCACGCUAGAGUCCAGCAGCCCUGGAAAAAACGUUGCUGACGCCUUCACACGCCUGAUGUCAACUAUGGAGCAAAACAGCACAUCCACCAGGAGGCCCGUGAGGGAUGAGAACCUGAGCGAGGAGGCGGCCCGUGUUCUCAGCAGCCUCCCCAACCUGUCCUUCAUGCGGGCCAAAGUGCUCAUGUUCCCCAGCAUCCUGGCUCCGCAGCCUCCGGAGUCGCCCUCAUGACCGCCCAGUCUGCCUCUCACACUGUGACCUUUUUAGGCUGGUUAUGUCACUCUGUCUAUGUCUGUCUUGUAGGGUUUUUUUCCAGUCUCCUUUCUCUUCUCUUUGUUUUGAUUUUAGUAUUGUAUCUAAUUGUUUCCCUUCUGUUGUUUUGACUUUGUCAUUAUAAAAGGUGUAUUUAUUAUUAAUAUGUGCAUUGUUUUCUCAACAGACAUUAAUGUAACAGAUAUCUAGUAUGACGCAAUAUCAUAACCAGUUUAGAAGGCCUUUUAGUUGUCAUUUAUGUAACAUGCACAAACAUUCAUUUACAUAACAGACUGUACACAAAGAAUUCAUAGCUUUGUGUAAUAAGGUUUAUAUGCACCAGAGAGGUAUCGGAUAUAGUAUAAGUCUAUUUCAGGCAAUGUUGUUAUUGUUUUUUUUGUGUCAUCCUCUCAGAGUUUCUAUUUGUAGAAAGGCCAUCAUCUUUCCAAAUCUGUUGCUUAGGGGAAAAUAUCAGAACUUAAUCCAAAGCAUUUAUUCAUGUCAUCGAAACAAUUAAAUAUCAGCACGGAACAUUUCUAAUUAUUUUUUUCCUAUCUAUUUUUCCUGUUGCAUUGUCAUUGAUCUUUAUUUUGGCAUUCUUCCAUUGGAUAGAGCUAAAUAAAUCCAUCCAUAUAUGUAACGAAAGGGAAAACGGACCAAUAUUCUCCUGGAUUCUUUUUUGUACUUGUAUGUGUGUUUUUUUUUUCAUGUUUGUGUCUGAUAUUCUGUACAUUUGUUUCUCCCUAGUCGUAUCACUGGAUGUUUUAAGAGGGACUUUGCACAAUAAUAUAAUGGAUAAAAUGGAUGUAAUCAGAGUUCAUUGGUGCUUUAGACCAUGUGCUGUGCAUUCAACUCCUUAGGAGGAUAAAAAAAAACAAAAGAAAGAAAUGAGAGAGAAAAUCUUGCUUCGAGGGUCCGAUGGAAAAUGGUCUGAUACUUGAGGAACCUAUGAGAAGGUUUCAUGACCUGUCUGUGCUCUUUUUCCAGACCCAGUGUGUGAGACUUUAUUUUUUAGUAUUUAACACAUUAAACAGAAGCCUUAAAUGAGA